GCAGCAGCAGGCGUUGCAAUGGACACCCUCAAGGAAGCGCUCCAGCGCUAUCUUCGAUUCGACCCAACGGCUGACCAGUUCCGUCAUCUAACCGUGCUUCAUCAAGUAAUCGGUUUCAACCAGGUCAACCCUUUGGUCGUCAAGAUCUGGCGAGCGACGGUUGCUUUGAUGUGUUGUCAGUGCUUCUGCUUUGCGUACCGCGUGUACAUGGCGAUUGUGCAGGACCUUGGCUUCACGUACCUCAUGUGCGCCCUGAUGGUUGUCGGAGGCUAUGCAUCAGGAGGGGCGCGGAUGGCUGGGUUUAGCCAUUUUUACGGGGAUUUCUCGCGUUGAAAACGCAUCUGCUGAAGAGUUCGAGCCUGUUGCGGGACGAUCCCGAAGCGGUGCGCAUUCGGCGCGAGCAUUACGAGAACAACCAAAAGUUUACGCUUGCCAUGAUGGCGGCUGGAGCCGGUGCCAUCUCGAUCUGGAACAUGACCGACUACCGGAUGACGGACCAGUACGCCUUUCCGUUCGACUUGACUUUCUUGAAUCCGGCGAUUCGGGAAGUGUUUGAAACGCUGUACGGAUUCUAUCUGCUGUCGCUGGCUACGUACUUCUGGAUUCCGUUCAUCACGAUCCGGGUUGGUUUGCGGGCACUUCGAGCCGAGAUGCUGGUGGUGAACCGGGCUUAUGGGGAAGUGUUUCGGAAAGCGGCGACCGGCGCAAGGUUUUUCGAGGGAUGCUCGGACCAGCCAUCGAAGCAGGCGGCGAAGCGGUUUUGGAGCUGCUUGCAGCACGAGCUGUCGAGCGUAGUAGGCGUGCAUUCGGCCCUGCUGGACAACGUGUUUCGCAUCAGACGGCUGGCGAGCGUUCCGUUUUUGGCGGAGGUGUUUGCCAGUGUGUCGAUUACCUCGAUCGCCAUCUUUUUGCUGAUGUUGCUUGGAUCGGAAAGUCUUGUGUUGGUCGGAAUCUCCUGUAUCCUGCUGGUGGAGAGUUACUACAACAGCUCUUUGGUGGAGGAAUUGGAAGAGGCCCAUCAGGCCACCGGACACGUUGUUUAUGGACUCGAGUGGCCCACGCUGAUGAAGUACGAUUCGAGCUGUGUCAGGGAGUAUAAGAAUGUACGGAAGAUCUUGCUCGUGGUUAUUAUGAGAUCGCAGCAGUCACUGAACUUCCACUGCGGAGGUCUAUUCAAGAUGUCCAUGGACACGUUUUCGGUGACCGUCAAAACGUGCUACACCAUUUUCAGCUUUCUGGUACAGGUGCAGAAGGAUUAAGGCACCUUGGUUAAACACACUACCUUUCAUUGAUGUAUCUUGGUGAAUUUGACAGCAGUCACACUAGUUUAAAUAAAAGUUGGCACGUUGAGCAUAGUUUA